ACAUUGUCCCGCUGGGUGUGUAGAUGGUCCUCAAGUAUUUCUGACAAGAUUAGCUGGUUUUUCAGGUUUUACAGUAUGGCACUUUGUAAAACUGCUAUGGCUUUUUCAUAUGGAUAAUACGCUUUGGUGAAGCACAAGGGAAUGUUUUGUCGUGCCUGUUUAGAAGUGAAUUUGUUAUAAGUUUGGAAAGAUGAGCUCCCAGUACAGAUGGCCUAGUUAUCCAGUAACAAUGAAGAUUGUAUUUUGCGCUACCUAAGUAUGUCAUCAAAGACAGAAAUAAUUAACUUUUCCAUUUUGUUGGAACAAGAGAAAAAAGCCAUUUUAACAGUAUUAGAGAGAGACGACCGGCUGAAGAAGACAGAUGAAAAACGAGUGAGGAGGUUAAAAAAUGAACUUCUGGAAAUUCAAAGAAAAGGAAACAACCGUCACCAGAUACGUCAGCAGAACUUAAAAGUUUGUGUCCGCUGCCGGAAGAGUCUAGGACUGAUCUUUGACCGGGGAAAUCUCUGCCAAGUCUGCCAUCUGCGGGUCUGCAAAGCAUGUCGUGUGGUUGUUAAAGAUGGCAGAUGGAAGUGUACUGUAUGUGCCAAAAUAGUACAGCUAAAGUUAACAACGGGCGAUUGGUUUUGUGAAGAACGGGGGAAACGUUUCAAGAAUGGCACUGUUCUUGGAAGCGACAUAGUCCGAAAAUCUCUCUUGAGAAAGAUACCAGUGGUAAGCAAACCUGACGAAGAGGUAGGAGAUUUAGGAAAACUGGUCUUGGCAAAUGUGCAAAAUGGAAGUGUCUUGGAGAGCAAAUCUGCAAAAGGAGAAGAUGGAAGAAGCAUCCGGUCAAAUAUUGACAACCAGAGCUUGCACAGCAACAGGUCAUUGCCUCAUAGUGACAGGAUAAGCAGUUUAUUUGACAAAAUGACUGGAAAGAAAGGAAAAAGUGAAGAGGAUGACGCUCAGAGCUUAAGAAGCACACGAUCUGAUAGGAAAGCUAAAGUGAACAUUCACUCAGAGUCAUCACAAACGGCAUUCAUUGCACAGGAGAAUGACAAAAUAAGUCAAGCCAGCUUUAAAUUUGAUGUACUUUCUGAAUCCAGACGUGGUUCAUCUGUUUCUGCAAGAGCGAGUGUGAAUUCCUUGGAUACUGGCGUUUCAAGUCCCAAAUCAAAAGGCAAUGCACCAUCUUCUUACCAAAACAGCAGAAUAAAUGUCAUUGGAACGCUACCUUCAAGGCAGAGCUCUCCAACCCCUAGUAAGCUCAGUGCGGCUUCUACUAGUCUUUCACGCUCUAGUAUACAAGCUGACAUUAAGAUAAGUUCCAGCAUAUCAGAAGACAUGUCAAAGGGGCAUGAACGACGGGUUUCUGCUACUCCUUCAUUAGUUAUAUCCAGAGCUUCCUUAUCAUCAGAUCACAGCAAAUCUGAAUUUGAUUUAAGUGGCCACUUCACAGAUGAAAACCAGGACAGCAUAAGCGUGAGGAGCAAAUCGGUCCCAGACUAUUUAAAUAAGGAUUCAGAAUACCUAGAUAAGAUUGAUGAAGAUUUUGAUGAUUUGGGGCCAUCGACAAAUAUGACAAAAUCAAUGAAUGCUCACACGUUAUCUGACAGUAAAUGGACCCACUUAAAUGUCCCUGAUGCGGAUGCUGAUACGAGAAGUCUGACCAGCAUUAGUCUUUAUAGUGAAACAGGAGACUACGGGAACCUUAGGAUCACAGGCGAAAUCCUCCUGAACAUAAAUUAUAGCUACAAAACUGGUGCAUUAAAUGUUGUAGUAAAGAAUUGCAGAAAUCUAGUAGUUGCAGAUGAAAAGAAGAACAGAACGGACCCAUAUGUCAAAGCAUAUCUUCUCCCUGACAAGUCACGCCAAAGUAAACGCAAGACUAAAAUAAAGAUGAACACAACUGAUCCAGAUUUUAAUGAAACACUCAAGUACAUCAUCAGUCACACACAACUUGAAACAAGAACUUUACAGCUGACUGUAUGGCACAAUGACAGGUUCGGACGUAACAGUUUCUUGGGUGAAGUCGAUAUUCCGUUAGAUUCUUGGAAUUUUGAAAACCAAGAAGAUGAAUGUUUCCCAUUACAACCUAAGAUGGACCUGGUCUCUGAUGUCACUUUACAAUAUAAGGGAGAAAUAACAGUUGGUUUAUGUUAUAUUACUCCUGAGAAAAACCUGACUCUUCCUUUAGAUAAAGUUACAGGGAAAAAAAGUUUUAAGAAAUCAAAAAAAGUAAGUGUUAAAGUGCCAAGUGGAGGACUGGUAGAAGUGCAUAUAAAAGAUGCCAAAAACUUAACUGCAAUGAAAUCUGGGAGUUCUUCAGACACAUUUGUCAAAGGAUAUCUGCUGCCAGAUAACAAUAAAUCAUCAAAGCACAAAACACCAGUAGUAAAAAAGACUGUUAACCCAGAAUGGAAUCACACGUUUACAUUCGCUGGUUUGCAGACAUCUGACUUAUCGAAUGUCUGUGUAGAACUGACAGUGUGGGGCAAAGAGUCUUUGACUAAUAACGUUUUUCUUGGAGGAGUCUGCUUGGGAUGCGGCAGUGGUGUAAGUUAUGGUGAUGUUGUAGACUGGAUGGAUUCUCAUGGGGAAGAGCAAUUUCUAUGGCAAAAGAUGAUGGAUAAUCCAGGAACUAUGGUUGAAGCAACAUUAAUGCUGCGGCCGACCAUGGCAAAGAAGAAAUACAGUAGCGUAAAAGCUUAGACACCCAACAUAUACUGAAACUGAUUACAAUUUGAACUCAAAAAGAAAGUGUUUUUUUAAGAAGACUCAUUUAGUCGCUGUUAGUACUAUAAUUAAGCACAUUUUUAGGUGGAUAUGCAGAACAUGUAUUAUAAUGCCAAUAACAUUUUUCACAAACCAAUUUUAAUGCAUUUCACAGGAAUAAAGAGACUGUUAAUUUGCAGCACCCUAUCCUUACAUAUAUCACAUCUGCUUAAUAAUGUCUUAAUUAGCCUUUAUGUAGUCAUUAGCAUGGAUUUUCACGCACAGAAAUAUCAGACAGAAAUUCAUAGCAUUGCUGCACACCAGAAAACUCUGGAACACAAAUUAUAAUCCUUAAUGGUAUGAAAAUGAAGGGACUUUGCACACAAAAUGCAAGACAUGUUGGUCAUUUUGAAGCAUUUGCAUUCGACCAUGUGUUUGGUAUGUCAUAAAAUAUUGUAUAAAAUUAUGUCACCAUAUGUGUUAAUAUACUGACACCUGUACAUACACAUUAAAGGAGCAGUACACCUCAUUGUUCAACAUUAGUGCAAUGAAUAAGGCUUUUGCUGAAUAUUCUUUUGCCUGUUUUUAAUCAUUGUAAUCAAGUAAAUGCGUGUUUUUUUUUUCUUGAGCUUAACUUGAAGAUGGAAGCUACUCCAUGUUUAGUAACAUAGAGUAAUUACUUGAUAAUUACUAGUGCACAAACAAUCCUCCUGCUUAUUUGUAGGCCAAAACAGUAGGGGAAGGGCACUGGUAAUCUAAUACAAGGUCAAAACAUGGAGUUUCACUCUCACUGUUUGCCCCAUUUAGCUUCAGGAAUAACAAAAACCAUAGAUUUUUUGUAAUUAAAACAAUAAACAAAAAGUAUGUCCAGGACAAGUCUUAUUGAUUGAGCUCAUUCUGAAUAAGAGUGUAUUUUGCUCCUUUAAAAAAAGAAUGACUUGAUGUUUCUGUUAUUAGCACUUUAGUGAGUAUGGAAUAACAGGUAUAAAAGUAUAACUGCAAAAUUUUGCAUUUUGCCUCCCCAGAAGUUUGUUUCAUAAUUUGAAUUUCAGUCUCUAGUUUUGGACUUCUUUUGUGGAUGCCACAACCCCCUCUUUCUAAGGCACGUACCUUGCAGUCUCGUCGUUGCUGUUGUCGAAAGGCAGGUCAAGGGAGAGAGCAGAUGUUUCAGGUGGGUCCUGGUUGGUGUAGUCCGCGAUGGUCAGGGCCCACGGGGCCCAUCUAGCAGAAAAUCAUAUAGAUAUCUAUCAAACAGGUUCAAAAUCCUGACACAGCGAUGCAGUCCUCUCCCAGUGAGCCUUCCUGGGGCCAACAGAUGUGGCCCAGCACAUGAUUUUGCAAAAUGAGCAAAUCUUACUAUCUUACAAGUCUUAGGUAACCUUUAAAACAGUAGUGCCCAUACUAUACUAAUGUGAGGUCUACUUUUAGUCAUGAUUUCAUAAUAUGAUCUAAGCUUUGUUAGCUCUCUGCUCCAUGGGAAAUAUUAAUUAAAUAUUGAUUUAUACCUUUGAUAUAAAUGAUUUAUAAGAAAAUUAAUAUAUAACAAACAACGAUUUCUAAUGUGACCUUAACAUAAUAGAUAUCUGAAUGAAAAGAAUGAAAUAUGAGGGUGAUUUUAGACAAGCGGGUCGUUGUAUUGAGAUCUACUGAUCACCAUCUAAAGGUCUUCUGGUGCGUGACCAAGAUGGCGCGGUGAGCAGACGUGUUUGCCUAGAGCUCCGCGCACCGAUCCUUUAAACCCGGCUAUUUACCCGACCGCCAGUCUCCCAAGAGAGGUACAGUUGCCCGCACGCAUCCGCACAACGAUGCGGAGGAAUACUCCGAAGCCAAAACCGGAGGCGGCGUCACGGUUGGAGCGCUUUGCCCGCGAUCCUGUUCAGCCACCAUCCCCCAAGCCGCCUAGUCAGCCAUCUUCCCCUCUAGGCCCUGAGCCCGACCAGCAGGCUGCGCCUACCGAACCCACGCUGGGAGAGGUGCUGGCCGCCAUUAUGGAGAGCCGUGCAUCCAGCACGGCGCAGUUUGAGGAGCUCAGGGUUGACAUCUCCCUGCUGCUGCAGAAGGUGAGAGACCGCACCAAGGCCUUGGAAGAUAGGGUCUCUGCUAUAGACGACGCCAUGCCUCCUCUCCACACUGAUGUGCAGGCCAUGAAGCUGCAACUUAAGGCUGCUUUAGAAAAAUCUGAUGACCUAGAAAAUAGGUCGAGACGCAGCAAUGUCAGGAUUGUUGGGCUGCCUGAAAGGGUGGAGGGCACUAACCCUACGGUCUUCAUAGAGGGCUGGCUCCAAGAAACUUUGGGGCCUAAUACCUUUUCCAAAGUUUUUAUUGUUGAAAGAGCCCACCGAGUCCCUGCGAGGCCUCCCCCUCCAGGAGCCCCCCCACGUCCCUUUCUCCUGAAGCUACUUAACUACCGGGACAGGGAUGCUGCCCUUACAGCUGCCAGAGAAAAGGGCCCAAUUCAAUACCAGGGGGCUACUGUGUCUUUGUAUCCGGAUUUUUCUCCUGUCAUCCAGAAGCAGCGGGCUGAAUUUACAGGUAUCAAAAGGCGCCUAAGAGAAGCACAGCUAAAGUACAGUAUGCAAUAUCCUGCGCGCUUGCGCAUCCAGGAUGGUGACCGUGUGCUCUUCUUCUCCAAACCUGGGGAGGUUGAUGACUGGCUUAACAGAAGGGGCCCUCGCCGAUCCCCGAGCAGGAAUGAUUGACUGCGGCAUGCCUCGCCUCAAGGUCCAUAUGAAGCUGCCUUAAACCGCAGGAAACCUCUAGCUUUUCACCCCAUUCACACCUGGGUGACAACCUUUUUGGCAAUGCUACGGGCAUCAAAAAUCUGCAGUGGAUUAUGCCAUUUCCCUCCCCCCUCCAUUUCCCCCCUUUUUUUUUUUUUUUUUUUCUCGGUGGAUUUCCUAUUGAGAACAGUCUUUUCCACACUUGAUCCCUAUUACUGGAUCCCCAACUGUGCUAAUGGGCCACUACCUCGCCCCAGGGUGGGAAUGUGACCUCUUGACUCUACUCUGCCCAUCCCGGCUGCACCGCCUUCUACUAUGGAACUUACUUCCCACUUUCUGCCAUAGGUGUGACAUGGCUUUUUGGUUAAGCACCGACGUCCGGCCCCGGGUUGGGGUUUUUUUUUUCUUUCUUUUUUUUUUCCUUCCCUCCAUAUAUUUUCCUCUCUUGGGUCAAUAUCUCUGCCCCCAUGAUGGGGGCCACGCUUGUAUUCUGUCACAGGGUAACUGUUCAGCACACCAGUGCGGGCCUCAGCUUUGGGCAAUCGUUGGGACUUGUUGCCACCCUAGAUCCCGUAGGAGGGACUGUUCUUUAGCAGAUAUCUAGGGACUGAGCCCCUGUUUGGGUUCUUAAGCGUUAUGGGUAUUAGACUCGCUCAAGUUUGGGGGGUGAGUAGGGUGGGGUGGGUAUGUAGUAUUGUUGGGUUUAUGUUUCAAUGUGUUUCGCAGACUACUCACUGUAUGUUGACUGAUGUACUAUGUAUACUGAAUGUGCUCGCUAUGAUUUUCCAUUGGCUUUGUGUUACGGGAUGGACACUUCGUUUGGCCUGGCAUAUACCCGUUUCUGUGAGUUAUGGCUAGUUUCUCAAUCCUCUCGUGGAACGUGCGAGGCCUCAAUUCUAAAUUUAAGAGGAGCCUAAUGUUCAACUAUCUGAAAAAAUACCCCCGUCUAUCCUUCUUCUCCAGGAGACGCACCUUACUGGGCAAAAAAUUAUAGCAUUGAAAAAGCCAUGGGUGGGUUGGCAUUUCCACUCUACCUUCUCCUCGCACUCGAGGGGGGUUUCUAUAUUGAUCAGAAAAAGUUUGCCUUUUGAGCUCUUGAAGCUCCACUUAGACCACUAUGGCAGAUUCCUGAUACUCCAUGGCCUUUAUUGCCAACAAACCCAUCCUAUUAGUUAACAUAUAUGUGCUGCCGCCAUUCGCAGUGUCGAUCCUGGACCUAAUGGUGACUAAGCUUUCUGAAUUCCCCCCCAGCCCACUCUGUAUCCUUGGGGAUUUUAAUUGCUGUUUAAAUCCUUCUUUGGACAAACUAGGCCCCGACCCCCGCACUCUGACUAACCUUACCUCAUGGGCAGAGGCCCUGCACCUAACUGACCCCUGGAGAUGGAAACACCCAUCUCAAAGAGAAUUCUCUUGUCACUCCCCAACCCACAAGACCUUUUCGAGAAUUGAUCUGGCCCUUGUCUCCGUGGAACUCUUGCCCAUUAUUGACCAGGUCAAGUAUCUACCUCAGGCCCUCUCUGACCAUUCCCCGUUACAACUCACUUUACGGUGGAACCCUGCGGCCACUGAUAGUGGCGGCUGAGCCCUCUUUGGCUCAAAAACAAUACUGUGGCCGAUGCUAAUGCCCAAGCUUAUGGGGAUUAUUGGACCUGUAAUGUGGGUUCUGCCCCCCAACAAACAUUAUGGGAUGCUUCCAAAGCAGUUAUGCGUGGUGCUCUCAUGGGGGCCAUAUCACAAGCUAGAAAUGCUACUUUAGAACGAGUCUCUGCUGCGGAAUACGAUCUCCAGCAAGCUCUCUCUAUACACACUCAGGACCCUACCUCUGCUAAUUACACUGAUCUGUUGAAGGCUCAAAAUACCCUUUCUCAGGCCUCUAUUUCCCUCACCAGGAAAGCCCUUCUCUAUCCAGAAUCAACGCAUUUUUGACCAAAGUGUCAAAAAUAGUAAACUUCUGGCGUUUCUGGCCAAGCAACACUCUGCACCCUCGGCGGUUUCACGCAUCGUACUAGACGAUGGCUCAGUGGUCACGGAACCUAGGCUCAUAACACAAGAAUUCGCUACCUUCUACCGAAAUCUCUACACCACCACGGCACUGUAUUCCAAAGCCCAACUCCAGCAUUUCUUAGAUUCCAUCCCCAUACCAUCGCUUUCCCUUACCGAUCAAGCUUUUCUAGACGCACCUAUCACUCCCCAAGAGGUUAAGGAUGCCAUUGCCUCACUGCCCCCUAAUAAGACGCCAGGGCCGGAUGGCCUCCCUCCCGACUGGUACAAAGCCCUUUCAGAUCAAAUAGUUCCCAAAUACCUUGACACUCUUCAAUCGGCUUUUGAUAGUAACUCAUUGCCCCCCUCAUUCAAUGAAGCCCUUAUAGUAGUUAUCCCCAAACCAGGUAAAGACACUACCCGAUGCUCUUCCUACCGCCCUAUUUCCCUGCUUAACACGGAUGCCAAAAUCUUAGCUAAAAUACUUUCCUCCCGCCUUCAACGGGUGGUCCCAGACCUGAUCCACCCUGACCAAUCUGGCUUUAUGCCUGGGCGCUCCACCAACAUCAACCUUCGCAGACUCUUUACCAACCUACAAAUCACUCAUGUGGAGGCAGGCACCAGAGUCGUAGCCUCCUUAGACUCUGCUAAGGCUUUUGAUUCGGUGGAGUGGGACUUCUUGUGGGAGGUUUUGGCCCGUUUUGGGUUUGGACCCCGAUGUUUAACUUGGAUCAAGCUCCUUUACAGGAACCCCACGGCGCGAGUUAGAGUUAAUGGCCUCAUAUCGCCCCCUUUUGCAUUAACGAGAGGUACGAGACAGGGUUGCCCCCUUUCCCUGGCCCUAUUCGCCCUUGCGAUUGAACCUCUGGCGAUACUGAUCAGGCAGUCCCCUCGGAUAAAAGGCUUAACCUUUGGCACUAUACAAGAAAAAAUCUCUCUAUUUGCUGAUGAUCUUCUCAUUUACCUGGCCGACCCUAACGACUCCCUUAUCGCCCUUUUAGACCUGGUCAACCGAUUUGGCUCUUUCUCUGGCUUGCGGGUGAAUUGGGACAAGUCUGUUCUCUUCCCCAUUGACCCUGACCAACCUCGACCUUUGCCAGCCGAGACCCCCCUAGAGUGGGCCACUCAGUUCAAAUACCUUGCCGUGACAAUCCAGGCAGAUGUUUCCAAAUAUGUCUCCCUCAACUUGGACCCCCUUCUCACCAAUCUGACCACCACACUAACCCGUUGGACGAAGUUACCUUUAUCUCUAUGGGGUCGAGUCAAUCUUAUUAAAAUGAUUUAUCUUCCCAAAAUCCUUUACUUGCUCCAUAAUGCACCCAUAUACCUCCCUAAACACUACUUCAAGCGCCUCAACCAGAUCAUGAUCCCCUUCCUUUGGAAUAAUAAAACACCCAGAAUUGCUUGGACCCGGUUAUGUGCCCCGUGUGAGGAGGGGGGCCUGGCUCUCCCCAAUUUCUAUCUAUAUUAUCUGGCUUCACAACUUUACUACCUGCACUGGUGCUUUCACCCGGACCCGUACAACCCAAACUCGCAGCUACAGGCUCUCCUUGUUGCCUCCUGGGAAGGUCUCCAACAUUUUCCAUACCGUUCCCUUAGGGAUUAUAGUCCCCUGCCAACUACUUUGACCACCCCUCACAAAUCUUGGCAGGUAGCCUUUAAAAUUUUGGGCCAUGCUCCUCCGUUACUGUCCCCAAACCUACCUUUGUGGGGUAACUCAUACCUACCUCACUUCAGAUACCUCCCGGAUUUCAUAUUUUGGCCUAACAGGGACAUUAAAUGCUUACAAGAUCUUCUUGAUCCCCAGGUGUUUCCCACAUAUUGUGCUCUUCAGCGUAAGACCCACCCGACGCCACUUUUGUUAUUUCAAUACCUUCAGCUUCGACAUGCUUUUUACUCCCAAUUUGGUACCCUUGCCCCCCAACAGUCCUCCAUGGCCAUAGAAGAAACCCUCCGUGACCCUAGCCCUUCCAAAUUGGUGUCCCGGCUAUACCACCGACUUCUACUCUCUGGACCUAAACCCUUUCUGAUUACUCAAGAAUGGUGGACUAAUAAAAUUGCAGGUCUUACACAGGAGGACUGGGAGGAGGCGAUAGAUAAUGUGUACGCCGGCCUUAUCUCUCUUAAAGAUAAGUUGGUUCAGUAUAAAAUUUUACACCAUGUGUAUAUAACCCCAGUACGUCUUAAGCAAAUGGGCCGAAUCCCCCUUGACAUUUGUCCGAGGUGUCAGCAACCAGGCGCAGACUUCUUCCACCUACUAUGGGAAUGUCGACUGAUUUUACACUUCUGGACGCGAGUGGUUAGCUUUCUAGCUGAUAACUGAUAAUAUUUCUCAACCAAAUAAUGAUUUUCGCCUGUUGGUUACAAAAGCCUCAGACAUUUAUUUUCAGUUAUAGUUUAUGUCCUGUUAAGUUGUCUAAAAAUUAAAUUAUGCAGCAUGUCUUCUUUUUUAUGUAUGACCAUGUGUCUUGGAUCCACCAAGCAGAAUUUCUGAUUGAACUAUGCAUUGAAAUUAAUUUGCAAUCAAAUGAUUUAUUUCAGUGUACAGUAUAUUUAUUAUCUAAUAAUAUCCUUUAGAAAACUGAUUUUUUUAUUAUUGUAUAUUAAUGCACUUACAGGAAAUGUAUAAUUUUUGUUCUCAUUUUGUUAAAGGACAAGUUAAACCCUGCCAUUUUUGACUUUAUGACAUUAUGCAUUGUAUAGAGCUGCUAUAUACUCGCAAAUAUGCAUCAACAAUGUUCAUUGUGGAUACAGUGCUUCUGAACUGUGCAGUUUUCUAUAUAUACCCUUGGCCUUUGGGUGCAACAUUUGUAUUUCAAAUCACACAAUGACAUCCAGAGUACAAGCACAUAAAGCUUCUUGCCUCUGUAAAUGUAUAUAAUAGAAUGCUUAUUUAAAGAAGUGCAGCCAGAUAUGGGAAGCAGAAAGCUGUUAAAAAUGCAUUGCAUCGACAGGAACUUAUAUGUGCAUUGUAUAGUUGACAUAAGGCUAACUUGUGUUAAGAAUAUAGUUUGCCCUUAAAGGGACAGUUCACCUUUAAAAUAACUUUUUGAUUGAUGUAAACAGUAAUUUUCUAAGAUAAACUGCAGUCAUAAAUAUAAAAUGUUAUUUGCUUAGUGGCCCUGGCUAAUUGGAAAACUGCAUUUGUAUUGUUAUUAAUAUUCAUUGUCACUUAUUUAUAUAUUCAGUCUGUGUACUAUUCAUUUUCCAGCUUGCCAUUCAAACCACUGCCUGGUUACUAGGAUAACAGGAAAAUAACAAAAGACUAUUGGGGAAUAUAAUAAAAGUCACAAAGAGCAAAACAAUUUGCACAAAUGAGUAUAAAAAUUUUCAUUUCGCAAUGUAUUAUUCUUCCUUAAACUGUUAUUGCAUUGCAAAUUUUGCAAAGUGCUUGAAGGUGUUGUAAUCUUCUGGAGCAAACAUAAGAAGUUUUUAAUUAAGAAGUUUUAUUAUAUUCACUGCGCACUGGCACAAACUAUAAAGCUUGCAAACUUUCUUCCACUGUUGGAAGAGGUCAUUAAGCAGUUUCUGGGUUCGCAAAGGCUAUAUUAAAUCCGCACGAAUGAAAAAUUGUUUGUACACAGGCAUAAUAUUUUUCCUUUACCGACUUUUAUUACAUUCCCCCAUAAGGCGUCUAUUAUGCUGAGCAAAAAACGGAGUAAAACAUUACCAGUGGUGUCGCUUACAGCAGCCAAUCAGAUAUUUGCUUUUGUUUUCUAACUAAAUCUAAUUGCUGAUUGUUGCUAUGGGUAACAUUACCGGUAAUGUUUUACUCCACUUUUUACUCAGCAUGAUAAAUAGGCCCCUAACUGUAAACUGUUUUACAAUUGCACUUUACAUGAGAUAAAAAAAGUUCAAGAUGAACGGCACCUGUAAGCAUAUGUAUUACUGCCUGGAUAUGCACUAUACUUAAUUUCUCUGCUACGUUUCUGUGUAGGACAGUAAUAAAAAACAAGCCAUACAUAUCUUAGUUUGAGAAUAUGAUUUUAUACUGUUUCUAGGAAGCUGCCCACAUACUGUAUGUGAUGCUGGACUAUUACGCCAGAAAUAAAUCUGUUUACAGACAUGUA